AAAAACCUCACAAGCUACACCUCCCUCCUGACACAUGUCGCGCGCGUUUUUCCUUUUCCCUCUCCUCCUCUUCCACGUCGCCACCUCGGCUACGCCGCCGGCACCGGCGAACAGCUCCGCCGAUAUCCUCCUCUGCUUCCUCGCCGCCCUGCCGCUGGCCUCACAGUGCGUCCUCCUCCCGUCGUGGCGGUCCAACGCCACCUCCAGCGCCGGCCACGGCAACUCGAACGUGGGCCCGCAUUGCGCGUUUCUUGGCGUCACCUGCUCCGCCGGGGGCGCCCUCCAGGAGGUCAACCUCAGCUACAACGCGCUCACCGGCGAGAUCCCGGCGCCCUCUGCCGGCUCGUCGGUUCUUCGGCACCUGGACCUCAGCGGCAACUCCCUCUCCGGCGCCAUCCCUCCGGAGCUCAUCGCGCUCCCGGAGCUCAAUCAUCUGGAUCUGAGCACGAACCAGCUCGCCGGCCCAAUGCCGGACUUCCCGGCGCACUGUGGGCUCGAGUACCUCAGCGUCUAUAGCAAUCAGAUCACCGGCGAGCUCCCCCACAGCCUCAGCAACUGUGGCAACCUCACCAUCUUGUUUCUAUCCUCCAACAAGAUUGGGGGCACGGUGCCUGAUUUCUUCGCCUCCCUGCCGAGGUUACAGAAGCUGUACCUCAACAACAAUGCGUUCACCGGGGAAUUUCCAGCGAGCAUCGGUGAGCUUGUGAAUUUAGAGAAGCUGGCGGCAUCGACAAACGGGUUCACCGGACUGAUCCCUGAGUCAAUUGGGAAGUGUCAGUCACUGACAGUGCUAUCCCUGCAUGUCAACCGGUUCACCGGCUCAAUUCCGUCGACCAUUGGCAAUCUGAGCAGAUUACAAAAGGUCUCUAUGGAGGACAAUUUGAUCAGUGGCACAAUUCCACCGGAAAUAGGGAAAUGCCGGGAAUUGGUCAUUCUUGAGCUCCAAAACAACAGCCUUUCCGGGAAUAUACCACCAGAGAUCGCCGAGCUCAGAAAGUUGCAAGUGCUGUCCCUGUUCCGGAACAGGCUCCAGGGACCUGUGCCUGCGGCAUUGUGGCGAAUGCUUGACAUGGAGGAGCUACUGCUCUACAAUAAUAGUCUAAGUGGAGAGAUUCCUGCAGAAAUUACUCUUAUGAAGAAUCUAACAAAGCUCAUCUUGGCAUAUAACAAUUUCACCGGUGAGCUCCCACAAUCCCUGGGCUUGAACACAACACAAGGACUUUUUUGGGUUGACUUGACUGGCAACCACUUCCGCGGCACAAUUCCGCCUGGUCUCUGCACUGGAGGUCAGCUCAAUGUUCUUGAUCUUGGAUACAACCAAUUUACUGGCGGCAUCCCCAGCGAGAUUACUAAAUGCCAGUCUCUCUGGAGGGUCAUUCUGAAGUUCAACCUGUUCAGUGGGAGCCUUCCUGAAAAUUUGGGCACAAACACUGGGUGGUCAUUUGUGAACUUGGCUGGCAACCAGUUUGAGGGAAGGAUACCAAGCGUGUUUGGUACAUGGCGCAACCUCACGAUGCUUGAUCUAUCUGGCAACAAGUUUUCUGGUCCAAUACCACGUGAGCUCGGCGCUCUAAGCAAUCUCGGGACUCUGCGCUUGUCAUCGAACAGGUUGACCGGACUGAUACCGCAUGAGUUGGGAAAUUGCAAAAGGCUUAUCCACUUGGAUCUCCAAAAUAACCUUCUCAAUGGAAGUAUACCUGCAGGGAUCAUCUCACUUGAUAGUCUGCAGAAUCUUCUGCUUGGUGGAAACAAGCUCAGUGGAGAAAUUCCAGACUCCUUCACGGCAACGCAGGGCCUUCUUGAGUUGCAGCUUGGCGGCAAUUCUUUGGAAGGAGCCAUCCCUCACAGCUUAGGCAACCUUCAGUACAUCUCCCAAAUUAUAAAUAUUAGCAACAACAGACUGAGCAAGCAAAUCCCAAGUAGCCUCAGCAACCUUCGGACUCUGGAAAUACUCGAUUUAUCGAAGAACUCUUUGUCUGGUCCAAUUCCAUCUCAGUUGAGCAACAUGAUCUCACUUACUUUUGUGAAUGUGUCGUUUAAUGAGCUCUCUGGUCAGCUCCCUCAUGGCUGGGUUAAGCUCGCAGAACGGUCACCUGAAGGGUUUCUAGGAAAUCCACUAUUGUGCAAACAAUCUGGCAGUGCACGUUGCUCCAAGAAUCAAUAUGGGAAACACAUAAGCAGGAAUUCACGGAUUAUUAUAGUGUUACUAGUAUCGGCUCUCACUGUCAUGGCUUCUGGGCUGUGUGCUAUUCACUACAUCGUGAAGAGGUCGCAGCGCCUAGCGGCGAACCGUGUCUCAGUGCGUGGCCUGGACACAACAGAGGAAUUACCAGAAGACUUGACCUAUGAAGACAUCCUUCGUGCCACCGACAACUGGAGUGAGAAGUAUGUGAUUGGAAGAGGCCGGCAUGGCACGGUCUACCGGACAGAGUUUGCUCCUGGAAAGCAGUGGGCAGUCAAGACAGUUGAUCUAUCACUCUGCAAAUUCCCCAUUGAAAUGAAGAUUCUUAACAGUAUAAAACACCGGAACAUCAUCAAGAUGGACGGGUACUGCAUCCGUGGCAACAUUGGCUUGAUUCUCACCGAGUACAUGCCUGAGGGAACGCUCUUCGAGCUAUUGCAUGAACGGAAACCUCAAGUGGCCCUCGACUGGAAGGUCCGACAUCAGAUCGCCCUCGGUGCAGCACAGGGCUUAUCCUAUCUGCACCAUGAUUGUGUGCCGAUGAUUGUUCAUAGGGAUGUCAAAUCAAGCAACAUACUGAUGGACGCCGAGUUGGUGCCUAAGAUCACAGACUUUGGCAUGGGGAAGAUCGUCGGUGAUGAGGAUGCAGAUGCGACGGUUUCCGUCGUCGUUGGUACCCUCGGCUACAUUGCUCCAGAGCAUGGAUACUCCACAAGAUUGACCGAGAAGAGCGAUGUCUACAGUUACGGUGUGGUGCUACUUGAACUCCUGUGCAGGAAGGUGCCUGUGGAUCCUGGAUUUGGAGACGGUGUGGACAUUGUGGCAUGGAUGACAUCAAACCUGAAGCAGGCAGAUCACUGCAGCGUGAUCAACUGUCUGGACGAGGACAUCUCGUAUUGGCCCGAAGAUGAGCAGGCAAAGGCACUGGACUUGCUCGAUCUGGCGGUAUCCUGCACACAGGUGGCUUUCCAGUCGAGGCCAUCCAUGAGGGAGGUGGUGAGCACCUUGAUGAGAAUAGAGGAUUAACAAUGUACAGAAGUUUUCACUACUGCUAUGAGAUGGAAUGUCUUUGAACACAACUAGACUGGAAAAUGCUAUUGUACAGAUUGUUUCAAAGGUGCUGUGAAAGUGCAGAAGUUUUUACAAUUUGCUUGAAAAUGCAU